AUGGAACAGCCCAGCGAGAAGCAGCAGGAUGAGGAAGAGGAGAAGGAGCAGAAGCAGGAGCAGGAAGAUCACCAAAGGGAGGAACCUCUGGAAGAGCAAACAGAACAAAAGAAGGUGCUAGAGGAAUAUAUAGAAAAAAAACUAGAAGAAAAUCAGAAGUCACUUGAACGCGAAGAGGAUAAGGAGCCACCGACAAAGGAUAUCUCAAAAAUACUAAAGCAAAAGGGGAAAUCGGAAGAGAUAAAAGAUAUUCCAGAUAAUCCAAGAUAUCAAGAUUCAGAGGAAGAUCAGACACUAGAAGAUUUGGAGGAAGAGGAACGUCGACUGGGAAGUACUGAAGCGGAGUUCAUUGAAAUAUAUCAGGGUUUGAAAACUAAACUGGUUGAAGAAAAAGAUACCUUAGAGGAGAACGUUGUACAUAAAGAUGAAAUAGAAGAGUUCGAUGAGGAUCCUCUAGAAUCAAAGGAAAAGCUCGAAGAUCAGGUAUUAGAAAAAGAAGAUAAUUCUAAGGAAAAAAAUACCCAUGCUAAGGUGACACAUCUAGAAGAUCAGACAAACACAGAUGUUCUGGAAAGAGAAGAGGCUUUAAAAGUGAUAGAAAAGAAGAAGCUGACAGAGAAACUUGAAGAUUUGGCUGAGAAAGCUGCAGACGAAGAUUCGGCAGGAGAAUUCUCUCAAGACUCACUACCGGAACCAAAUGGUGAUAACACCCAAAACGAGCAGAACGCGGAGACCCUAAAGAAAACACCUGAAGAACAGGAAAAAAGUGCUUCCGCCCCAGAAGAAGACCUUCCCAACGAGCAGGUUACCCAGUUCCUCCGGCACCUGGUCACCCAACUUUGGCCCGAACUGGGAGCCAAUCCUGAGCUCCGUUUGAACCGAGCCAGUGCCAAGGGUGACAACUACUUGGGCGUGGUGUGGCGCCUCCUGGUGGGCUCUGAAUCGAAAUCGAAACCUGGUAGCCUGGUGGUGAAGCUUCCGCCACAGAAUCGGGUACGUCGCAAGCAAUUCUUCGCACGUCCAUGCUUCCUGAGGGAAACGGCCGCCUACGAGGUCUUCCUGCCGCUGGCUGACAUGAUCCAGGAGAGGUGCGAGAUCCCCAUGGAGGAACGCUUCCGGCAGCAUGCCCGCUGUUUUGGGUGCCGUCAGGAUGAGCCCAACGAGUGCAUCGUGCUGGAGGAUCUGACCUGCGACGGGUUCUCUCUUCACAGCCGCUUUUCGGACCUGCCCGUUGAGCAUGUGCGUCAGGUGAUCCGAUCCUAUGCCAAACUACAUGCCAUAUCGCUGGCUGGGAAGCGUCAGUUUGGCGAAAGGAUGCAACCACUUCGGCAGCUGGUGGACAUCUUUGAGCAGCGACGUGAGGACCAUGCCCUGGGUGUCUACUUUGAGAACCUGAAGGGUAGUGCCCUUUCGUCGCUGCUUUCGCCUGGGGACGAUCCCUAUCGCGCUCGUCUGGAGGACUACUUCGCCAGGGGAACGUACUUUGAGCUGCUGCUACCCCUGGUCAGCGGAUCCAAUUGCGAACCCUUCGCUGUCAUCUGCCAUGGCGAUUGCUGGAACAACAACAUCCUUUACAAGCGUUCCGAGCGCGGCGAGCUGGAGGAUGUGCGCCUGAUCGACUGGCAACUGAUGCGAUAUGCUUCUCCGGUCACCGACUUGGCCUAUUUCCUUUUCACCUGCACCUCGCGGGGAUUCAGGCAGCAAUACCUCAAAAGUGUGCUAGAGGACUACUACGAGGAGUUGGGGCAGCAACUAAACAGAUUGAACGAGCAAGUGGAGCAACUUCUGCCACGACCAGCCUUCGAUGAGCAGGUGGAAGCCAGAUUUUCUGUGGGCCUGCUGCUCGCCAUGAUGGUCCUGCCCAUCGUGACGAUGCAGGGCCAGGAUGUGCCCGACCUCCAGGCGAUCAGCGAGCGAAUCGAGGCCGGAGCCACCACGGAUCUCCAGGGCGCCGGAUUCCUGGGCGCGGGAAAUGAGGCGAAUUUCAAAAGGCGCAUGCGAGAGGUGAUCCUCGACUGCGUGGACUUUAACUUUAUCUAGGGAAAGAUGUUAAAUAGAAGCUCAGCUUAUGUUUCAGCCAAGGACCUAUAAUAAGCAUAACUAUACUUAUACUUGCUAAAGAUGAAGUCAUAAUAAAAAAAAUUAAACCCGA